CUUUCUUGCUCAGCGCGUAAAAUACCCAAAUCCACAAACUAUAUAUUAUCCUCGAAUUUUGAAAAUUCAAAGAAGCUUCCAAUCUCUGCGUGGUUGAAUUGAGAAACAAUGGAAGAAGAGGAAGGAGGGAAGGUUAGGGUUUUGAUAGAGACGGCGACGAUCUCGACCGAACCGGAUGUCGACCCACACCUCCUCAAGGCCAUCAAGUCGGUUGUCCGAUACUCCGAUUCGGAGCUCCGACUCGCCGCUCGUAUUCUCAUGGAUCUUAUGAAGCGCGAACACUCUCAGGUGCGCUACCUCACACUUCUUAUCAUUGAUGAGCUUUUUAUGAGAUCAAAGCUAUUUCGAACCCUUGUUGUGGAAAAUUUGGAUCAGUUAUUGACUUUAAGUGUCGGAUUUAGAAUACAUUCGUCACUCCCACCUCCGGCAAAUGUUGCGACUGCUCUGCGUAAGAAGGCGAUAGAGUUUUUGGAGAAGUGGAAUUCUUCGUUUGGGGUUCACUAUAAGCAGAUUAGGUUAGGGUUUGAUUACCUUAAGAACACCCUUAAGUAUCAGUUCCCAAAUCUACAGGAAACUGCGACUCGGCUUCAACAGGAGAGAAGGGAAAGGGAGAGGAAGACGAAAAAGAUCUUGUUGAAAAAGUUUGAGAUUUUGGAAAAGAAUUUUGCGUCAAUUAAGGAAGAAAUUCAAUCUACUGUUGAUGAGAUUGGGGAGUGUUUAGAAAUUGUACGCCCUAAAGAGGAAGGAGUUCCGUUUUGUCCAUUAGAUGAGGAAGAUAUGGAAGAGUUUCAUUCUUAUGAGUUCCGGCAGUUGCGCUUACAAGCAUUGGAAGAAGGAGAAAAGCUUCAUGAGAAUAGUGAAAACAAAGUGGUUUUUGAUGCCCUGCGGGAGCUUUACAAGAUAUUGGUAAAGCAUUUGACUGCAGUGCAAGAAUGGAUCCUUGUUCUUGUAAAAGUUGAACUGACUGAUAACAGAUCCAGGGAUUCGUAUUUGAAGGAGUUCAUCGAUAUCCGGAAUAAUAUUCAAUCAGUGAAGAAGAAGUGUGAAGAAUUGGGAUGCAAUCUUUCAAACAUUGCAAAGCACGAGGAAGAAGAUUUUUGGGAGGAAGGCAAGAUCGAAACAACUGAGGGUGGGAAUUUUAGUCUUCCCAAUAACAGAACUGGAGGUCUUGCUGUGACAUCAACAUCCAAGGAGGUGCAAGGUAGCAUUCCUAAAUGCCAUGAUAAGGAGAGCGAUGCCAAUAAGAGGCGCAGUCACGAAGGUGGGGGAAGCAAUUCAGACCCUCUGAGAAGUAAGCUUCUGGCUGAAGCUCCUGAGGUGAACUGGAGCAAUCAUUUGGCCAGUUGGGGUUCAAAGAUGGAUGUAUUGGCUAACCAUCGGGGGUUGGAGCUUGAAAGUCAUUGGGGCAGGGUGGAUCAGGAUGCAGUUAUUCCAGUAGAAAAGAUUGCGGAAUUAAAUCUUCAGGCUACUGUGUACAAGGAAAAGCAGGUUGAAAUUCAGCCAUGCCGAGCACCAUUAAGCAAUGGAAAACUUUGUCCAAGAAGAGACAUGAGAAUUUGCCCAUUUCAUGGACCUGUUAUUCCCAGAGAUGAUGAGGGAAAGCCACUGAAUCAGAACCCUCCAAAAGAUGAGAAGGCUCCUGAUUUAGGGACCAAUUUAGUACAGCAGUUAACGAAACAAGCCGUGCAGAAUGUUCGUGAGAAAGAUAAAGAGUUGGCAAGGAAGAGAGAAAUAGAUAAAAAGGCACUGAAGCGUGCUAAGCUUGCCAAAAUAAGAGAACACAAUGAAGCGGUUUUACGAGAUUCUGCAAUCGCUUCAACUUCUAAAUCUGCAUUUAUUGGAGAAGAUUGGGAGCCAAGUACUAGUAGGAACCCGUCAUUCAGAAACAAAAAGAAAACCCUUGCCUCCAUGCUGCAGAAGAAAGAGACACCAAAAGAUAGAUUAGCUCGGAGGAUUUUGAAUACGCGAGCAAGUGCUGCAACUGUAAGACAACUUACAUUGGGCGAGGAUGCAAAUUACCGAGAAGCCUUCCCGAAUCAGUGGUAAAUGGUCGCCCUAUUUCUCUGCUUCUUGGCUUAUUAAGAGGAUUGUUACUGAUUGAUUUACCUGCUUUUUGUAAAUUGUUACGUACAUUUUCUUGACUUAAGCAAUUAAGAACUUCCGUAAUUAGUGAAUGAUUAGGGAAGCUGUCUUUCGGCCGGUUUUGUAACAUAUGUUAAUUUUCGGAUUUGAAUUUUUUCAAAAUGUAUGCAUAAAAGGGAGGUUAAUAAAUAAGAAGUUUGAUUUUA